UGCUCAUCAUUCUCAAACUUUUUUUGUACUAGAUUUCUAAGCCGACAAAGAUGGGUGCAUUUCUGGAUAAGCCAAAGAUGGAGAAGCACAAUGCUCAUGGUGAAGGCAAUGGCCUAUGUUACGGCCUGAGCAGCAUGCAGGGCUGGCGUGUAGAGAUGGAGGAUGCACAUACUGCUAUUAUCGGCUUGCCCAACGGCUUGGACCCCUGGUCAUUCUUCGCUGUUUACGACGGGCAUGCAGGUUCACAGGUGGCACGUUACUGCUGCGAGCACCUCCUGGAGCACAUCACCAGCAACCCUGACUUCCUGGCUGGGGGCGGAGGAGGGGGUCCAGCCGUGGAGCCCAGCGUGGACAGCGUGAAAUCUGGAAUCCGGACUGGUUUCCUGCAGAUCGACGAUCACAUGCGGCAGAUCUCAGAGAAGAAACACGGUGGUGCCGACCGCAGCGGCUCAACCGCCGUUGGUGUGAUGAUCUCACCCCGCCACAUCUACUUUAUCAACUGCGGAGACUCGCGGGGUGUGCUGAGCCGUGGAGGGGCUGUGCACUUCUUCACACAGGACCACAAACCCAGCAACCCCUUGGAGAAGGAGAGGAUCCAGAACGCUGGAGGAUCUGUGAUGAUCCAGCGUGUCAAUGGGUCCCUGGCAGUGUCUAGGGCUCUGGGGGAUUUCGACUAUAAGUGUGUGCAUGGUAAGGGUCCCACGGAGCAGCUGGUGUCGCCGGAGCCUGAGGUGUAUGCUAUCGAGCGGUCGGAGGCAGAGGAUGAGUUUAUUGUUCUUGCUUGUGACGGGAUCUGGGAUGUGAUGGCCAAUGAGGAGCUGUGCGAUUUUGUUCGUUCAAGACUGGAGGUGACUGAUGAUUUGGAGAGGAUCUGCAAUGAAAUUGUGGAUACCUGUUUGUAUAAGGGAAGUCGUGACAACAUGAGUGUUGUGUUGGUGUGUUUCGUCAGUGCACCGAAGGUUUCCCCUGAAGCUGUCAAAAGGGAAGCAGAGCUUGAUAAAUACCUAGAGGGCCGAGUUGAAGAGAUCCUGAAGAGGCAGGGGGAUGAGGGUGUGCCCGACCUGUUACAUGUGAUGCGCACGUUAGCAUCUGAGAGCAUCCCCAACCUUCCACCUGGAGGAGAACUGGCCAGCAAGCGCAGUGUAAUUGAAGCAGUAUACAACAAACUUAACCCAUACAGGAACGAGGAUACACUUGGCGGGAUCUCACAAGCUGCUCUCCUCCUCUCUCCAUUCAAGGACUCUGCAUCCACGGAUGACAUGUGGUAGCCCUGCCCCUUUAAACACUGCACAGAGUUUACAACCUUCCAGAACCCUGCACAACAACCUUUCCUACAGGACCCGGCACCAGAACCCUGCACAAGAACCCUCAACUACUACAGGACCAUCACAAGAACCCUACCACAGCCCAGCUCAGCUGCUCUGGAUUGUUCGGAGGAAGAAGAGGAAGGGAAUGAGGGCUCCCUCCCCUUGUUCAUAUAACGUUCCCUCUCAGUGCUAGGCAAUGGUACCUUCUGGAAAUUUUCUGCAUACUCUUCUGUCCUGAAUCAAUCUUUUCCUCAAAUCCUUAUAUCUUUAACAUCACCCUCUUAAAAAAUCCAACACUGUUUUUUUUCCCAUUUAAUUUUUAUUUUUUUGGUGUAAUUUAAUUUGAUUCACAUUUCCUUGUGUGUUUGUAUAUUUCAGCUUUUAUUUCAGUGAAGUGCAAUUGUCUUGUACAAAGAAAAGCCUGUAUCAAAUACAGCUUGAUUUUGUAGUUUAUAGAAAAAAGACAAAAAUGGCACACCUUUAUGCCCUGCCUGCUUUAGUUUCCUCUCCAACAGCUGAAGCCCAACUGAUAUGCCUCCCUAUUUUCUUUCACUUCUUUCUUUUUUUUUUUUUUUUUUUUUUUUUUUUAAUUAAAUAUAACUUUUUGUAUUGUUACUUUUUAAGUGAAACGGGUAAAUGAUAUGGGCUCACAGUACAGUAAGCUUUUUCGUAAAUCUCACAGCACAGAUGACAGUAAUCGGUAUGUUCUCUCAGUACUACUGUUUUUCUUUUUAUGGUGGGGUGGGUAUUUUAUUUUUUAUUACUUUGUUUUAUUAUUUUACUUUUUUGAGGAAACCGCUUUAAUUUACUUAAUCUAAGCUGAAAUUGUGUGUGUGAAUGAGUGAGUCUUAUGAGAAAUCAAUGGUUUUGUGUGUGUGAAUGAGUCUUACCUGACGUGCUAACUCUGAUUAUCUCUCUUAUCAUCAACACUAGGACUAUUCUCUACAGUGUUCUGCACUACCGCAGCUCUUGGUUUUAUUUUAUUUUUUAAGAUUAAGUUGUUCUGGGAGCAUCUUAAAGGAUCUCCUGCACUUGCUGGAAAAAAAGGAAUUGUUAAGAAGCACUCAGAACUGGGACAGGCCCAAUUAAGUGCGUUUAUGUAUGUGCUUGGUUGUCAGUGCAUAUGGUCUGAAUGGGUGUGUGAGAUUGCAUGUUUGUU